UCCUGGUGCUAAGCAUGGAAACAUCCAAGUCAGCUGUGUGGAGUGCUCCCAACAACAAGGCAGGAUUGCAGCAUCAUAUGGAAAUGCUGUUUGUAUUUUUGAGCCCCUUGGUAUAAAUUCUCACAAGAGAAAUUGUCAACUAAAGUGUCAGUGGCUUAAAACGGGGCAAUUUUUUCUCAGUUCUAUGACUUACAACUUAGCAUGGGAUCCUCAAGGCAACAGGCUCCUGACAGCAACUGAGUAUUUGCAGUUGUGGGCCCCUCCAUCCAGUGACAUCCUAGAGGAGGGGGAGGAGGAAGAUGAUGUUCCUGACUAUCAGAUCAAAGAAGAUAAAGUUCUCCCUGUCCUAAAUGACUGGAAAUGUAUUUGGCAGUGCAAGACAGCAGUAUCUGUACAUCUCAUGGCAUGGUCCCCUGAUGGAGAAUACUUUGCAACAGCUGGAAAGGAUGAUUGUCUUUUAAAGGUUUGGUAUCCCAUGACUGGUUGGAAGUCAUCUCUUCUAGCACAAGAAAGAGAAGAAAAGAAAAAAAGUUCAGCACUUGUCCACUUUUCAUUUGUUUAUUUGGCACAUCCUCGAGCUGUGACAGGAUUUUCAUGGCGUAAUACUAGCAAGUAUAUGCCCAGGGGGUCUGUCUGUAAUGUGUUACUUACUUCAUGCCAUGAUGGCAUAUGUCGGCUCUGGGCAGAGACUUUGUUGCCAGAAGAUAGUCUUCUGGGUGAGCAGAUCUGUGAAACUACCACUUCUAGCAUCAGCAGCAGCAGCCUUUCUCAAUCUGGAAGGCAAAAAGACAGGAUUCAGCAUGCUCUAGAGACAAUUCACCAUUUGAAAAACAUGAGAAAGGGACAAAGAAGGUCUUCAGUCCUUGUUACCCACACGGAAUUAUUACCUGAUCAGCAAGGCACACAUGAAGUUCAGCGUCACAUUUCACAUCAUGCUAAUGCACUCUGUCACUUUCAUAUAGCAGCAAGCAUCAACCCUAACACAGAUAUUCCAUCAGUCUUGGCUGGAACAGCUUUUAAUUUAGAUGAAGGAAAUGGAGGCUUUGUGGUUCAUUGGCUGAAUAAUAAAGAAUUCCACUUCACAUCCUCGAUUGAAGUAUUUAUGCAACAUCUAAGAAAACUUUCUGAACAACAACUAGAAGAAGAUGUUGAUGAUGAAGAGGAAGAGGAAAUGGAAGAAAAAGAGAGAGGUUUACAUAUGAAACUAGAUCACGAAAUGUCUAUAGAUAGAGAAUCGGAGACGGGUACUGGUACAGGCUCUUCAGAACAUGAAGAAGGAGAAAGAGAGGGGAGCCCCAAAACCUCUUCUUUAGCCGGCCCACGUAUGCCACUUCCAACAGUUUUGUUAGAUCGGAAAAUUGAAAUGCUUCUUACUGAGUGGAACAGGAAUCCAGAUAUGCUUUUUAUUAUCCACCCUAUUGAUGGUACCUUUUUAGUGUGGCAUGUAAAAUAUUUGGAUGAAUACAAUCCAGGCAUUUUCCGACAAGUUCAGGUUUCAUUUUCUUCUCGGAUUCCUGUUGCAUUUCCAUCGGGAGAUGCUAGUUCCCUCAGUAAAAACAUCAUGAUGUAUGCUUGUCCUACCACUGCAAAAGAUAUCAAUAAUACUGCGCAUCAGAAAACAAUAAGCAUUCCAAAUAAGACUCUAGAAGUUAAUGAACCAAGUUCUGCUCAGGAUCCCACAAAUGUGAAUAUAAUUUCUCCGAUAGUGAUGAUGGUUUCCAAACAUAUAGAUGGAUCCCUAAACCAGUGGGCAGUUACUUUUGCCGACAAAUCUGCUUUUACCACCGUGCUUACUGUAUCUCAUAAAUUUAGAUACUGUGGUCACCGAUUUCAUCUCAAUGACCUGGCUUGCCAUUCUGUUUUACCACUGCUGCUAACAUCUUCUCAUCACAAUGCGCUUUUAACUCCUGAAUUAAACCAUUCGUGGGACUCGGAUAAAUUAAGCAAAAUAAUGGAUCCUGUUAAGCAUUUGAAAGGUUCUUCUAGGCAGCAACUUAGAAAUGCAGCAACACGUACGUUCCAUGAUCCAAAUGCAAUAUAUAGUGAGCUGAUUUUAUGGCGUGUAGACCCCAUAGGACCUUUGUCAUACACUGGAGGAGUAUCUGAAUUGGCUCGAAUUAACUCACUUCAUACCUCAGCCUUCUCUAAUGUGGCCUGGCUUCCAACUCUUAUUCCUAGCUAUUGUCUUGGUACAUACUGCAAUUCUGCUAGUGCUUGUUUUGUAGCAUCAGAUGGCAAAAACCUGAGGCUCUAUCAAGCUGUAGUGGAUGCACGAAAACUUCUAGAUGAACUGUCUGACCCUGAAUCCUCAAAACUGAUUGGAGAAGUAUUUAACAUUGUGAGCCAACAGUCUACUGCCCGACCAGGAUGCAUUAUUGAACUUGAUGCAAUAACUAACCAAUGUGGCUCAAACACACAGUUACUUCAUGUCUUUCAAGAAGAUUUCAUUUUGGGAUACAAGCCACAUAAGGAAGAUGGGGAAGGAAAGGAAACAGAGAUAUUUUUCCAACCAUCUCAAGGGUAUCGUCCACCACCAUUCUCAGAAAAGUUCUAUCUAGUAGUAAUUGAAAAAGACAGCAGUGGCUGCUCAGUUCUUCAUAUGUGGCAUCUCCAUCUUAAAUCUGUGCAAGCUUGUAUAGCAAAAACCACUGAAGUUACUUCAUCAGAGAAUCAACUUACUGUACCUGAACAAAAGACUGGGGACUCUUCUCCAGAUACCUCACCUGGCACAAGUCCCAUGACGCGAUCCUCUUCGGUUGCUAACCUGCAGACUGCCAGUAAACUCAUUCUGAGCUCUAAACUUGUCUACAGCCAACCACUAGAUCUUCCAUUUGGUGUAGAAGUAAUAAGAGCAACCCCUUCAGCAGGCCACCUGAGCUCUUCAUCAAUAUAUCCGGUCUGCCUCGCACCAUAUUUGGUAGUAACUUCGUGUUCAGACGACAAAGUGCGGUUCUGGAGAUGCAAUGUAGAGAUGGAUCUAAAUAGUAAAGAUGAAAUGAGGGAGACGUAUCAUUGGAGAAAAUGGCCUUUAAUGAAUGAUGAAGGAGAAGACAACAGCAGUACAGUGUGCAUAAUAGGAAGGCCAGUUGCUGUUAGCUGUUCUUAUACAGGACGCCUUGCUGUGGCAUACAAACAGCCUAUACAGCAUAAUGGUUUUGUUUCCAAAGAAUUUUCUAUGCAUGUUUGUAUACUUGAAUGCGAGUCUACAGGAGGAUCUGAAUGGGUUUUGGAACAGACAAUUCAUCUGGAUGAUUUAGUUAAGGUUGGGAAUGUACUUGAUUCAAGAGUCAGUGUAGAUAGUAAUUUAUUUGUAUACAGUAAAUCAGAUGCCUUUUUGAACAAGGACAAAUAUCUUAUGCCCAAUAUCAAGCAUUUGGUACAUUUGGACUGGGUAUCAAAAGAAGAUGGUUCACAUAUACUUACAGUUGGGGUGGGCGCCAACAUAUUCAUGUAUGGGAGACUUUCAGGAAUUGUAACAGAACAAAUGAGCAGUAAAGAGGGAGUAGCCAUUAUUACUUUACCACUAGGUGGUAGCAUAAAACUAGGUAUAAAGUCCAAGUGGGUACUGCUGAGAUCGAUUGACUUGGUGUCCUCUGUAGAUGGCACUCCUUCACUGCCAGUUUCCCUCUCUUGGGUAAGAGAUGGUAUACUGGUAGUGGGAAUGGACUGUGAAAUGCAUGUAUAUGCACAGUGGAAACAUGCUGUUAAAUUUGGUGAUGGUGAAGGUGAUGCUUUUACCACUGAAGACUCAGCAAUUCAAGAUCCAUUUAAAACGAGCUCAAUAGUAAAUAAGUCCCGUGUAAUUGAUGGGGCAGGUAUUGUUGAUGACGUUUUUGGCACUCCAACUGUAAUUCAGGAUGGUGGGCUUUUUGAAGCUGCGCAUGUCCUUUCCCCUACUCUUCCACAGUAUCACCCAACCCAGCUAUUAGAACUGAUGGAUUUGGGUAAAGUUCGACGAGCCAAAGCCAUACUAUCCCAUUUAGUUAAAUGUAUUGCAGGAGAAGUUGCAGUAGUUAAAGAUGCAGAAACUGGGGAAGGUGGUGGACCUAAACGUCAUCUCUCCCGAACCAUUAGUGUAAGUGGCAGUACUGCAAAAGACACAAUUACAGCUGGAAAAGAUGGUACCCGAGACUACACAGAGAUAGAUUCUAUUCCCCCAUUGCCGUUGUAUGCACUGCUUGCUGCAGAUCAAGAUACCACGUACAAAAUUUCUGAAGAAACGUCUAAAGUAACUCCAGGCUCUGAAGAUCUCACUAAAAGAAAACCAGGGGAUCAAUACUCAGAUCUGUUCCAGAUGCAGUCUGUCACAACCGAUGACUUUAUUGAUUUUGAGCCUGAAAAGAGAGAGAGUAAAUCCAAAAUAAUUAAUCUCUCUCAAUAUGGGCCAACUUACUUUGGCCGAGAACAUGCUAGCGUCCUCUCAAGUCAUCUAAUGCACUCAAGCUUGCCAGGCCUCACCCGUCUGGAGCAGAUGUUCCUUGUAGCUUUGGCAGACACCGUGGCUACAACAAGUACUGAGCUUGAUGAGAACAGAGAUAAGACUUACUCAGGAAGAGACACAUUAGAUGAAUGUGGCUUGCGUUAUUUGUUGGCUAUGCGUUUACAUACGUGCCUUCUUACAUCACUCCCACCUUUAUAUCGUGUUCAGCUGCUUCAUCAAGGCUUAUCCACUUGUCAUUUUGCCUGGGCUUUUCAUUCAGAGGCUGAGGAGGAGUUGAUCAACAUAAUUCCUGCUAUUCAGAGAGGAGACCCACAGUGGUCUGAACUAAGAGCUAUGGGUAUAGGAUGGUGGGUCAGGAAUAUUAAUACACUCAGAAGAUGCAUUGAGAAGGUUGCAAAAGCUUCAUUCCAGAGGAAUAAUGAUGCCUUGGAUGCUGCACUUUUUUACCUUGCCAUGAAAAAAAAAGCAGUGGUAUGGGGUCUGUUUAGGUCUCAGCAUGAUGAAAAGAUGACCGCAUUUUUCAGCCACAAUUUCAGUGAAGAUAGAUGGCGCAAAGCAGCUUUGAAAAAUGCUUUUGCAUUGUUGGGAAAACAACGCUUUGAACAGUCUGCUGCAUUUUUCUUAUUAGCAGGUUCACUGAAAGAUGCCAUUGAGGUGUGCCUUGAAAAAAUGGAAGACAUUCAGCUGGCAAUGGUUAUUGCUCGUUUAUAUGAAUCAGAAUUUGAGACCUCUUUCACUUACACAUCCAUUCUUUAUGAAAAGAUUUUGGGGUGUCAGAAAGAUGGAACUGGAUUCAGCUGUCCUAAAUUGCAUCCUGAUCCCUUUCUGCGAAGUAUCGCAUAUUGGAUAAUGAAAGAUUACACUAGAGCACUGGAUACUCUAUUGGAACACACACCUAAGGAAGAUGAUGAAAAUCCAGUUAUUGUCAAGUCAUGCAAUCCUGUGGUGUUCAGUUUCUACAACUAUCUUCGGACCCAUCCUCUGCUCAUCCGAAGAUAUUUUAGCUCACCCGAAGGAACUCUAGCUACAUUAGGUCUAAAAACUGAGAAAAGUUUUGUUGAUAAGAUUAAUCUUAUAGAGAGAAAAUUAUUCUUCACUACUGCAAAUGCACAUUUUAAAGUUGGAUGCCCUGUUUUAGCUCUUGAAGUUCUUUCCAAAAUUCCAAAAGUAAGAAUAAAGCUCAUUAUUUCUACAACGGAAGAUAAAUCCAGUCCAAGUCCUACCAGAAAAAAUGGGGUGGCAGAGGCCAUGAGUGAUGUUGCUAAAACUAGUGAUAUAGCCUGGUCAGCAUCAUCUGCUUUGGAGAGUAGUACUGACCCUUCAGCACAAUUUGACUGGAGUCAACCAGCAUUAAAACUGGAUGAUGAGCCUCUUACUUUUGAUUGGGGAGGAGACAAGGAUGAUUCAGAGGAAGAAGAAUGUGAUGAUGGCUUACUAAUGAAAGGUUCAAAAUUGAAAUCUGAAAAUGGAAAAGAUGAGAACAGUUCAGAUACUAAUAUACUACAGACACCUCAAGAGGAGGACUCUGAUACAGGCAACACUGAGGUUGAUGUCAUUGCUGAACAGCUGAAGUUCAGAGCCUGUUUGAAGAUCCUAAUGACUGAACUUAGGACUUUGGCUACCGGUUAUGAAGUAGAUGGAGGGAAGCUCAGAUUUCAGCUGUACAAUUGGCUUGAAAAAGAAAUUGCUGCUAUGCAUGAAAUAUGUAACCAUGACGCAGGUGGCAAAGACUACUGUAAAACAUAUACCAGAGUUGAUAGCGACCUACUUGAUCAUGAAGACGUUGUAGAUAAACCAGAUAUCGGUUCAUAUGAGCGGCACCAGAUAGAAAGACGCAGGUUGCAGGCAAAAAGGGAGCAUGCUGAAAGACGGAAGUGGUGGCUGCAAAAGAAUCAAGCACUUCUCAGAGUUUUUCUAAGUUACUGUAGCCUUCAUGGGGCACAAGGUGGUGGCCUUGCUUCUGUAAGAAUGGAGCUAAAAUUUUUGCUGCAAGAGUCCCAACAGGAAACAACAGUAAAGCAGCUCCAGUCGCCACUACCAUUACCAACAACACUACCACUCCUUUCAGCAAGCAUUGCUUCAACCAAAACUGUGAUAGCAAAUCCCGUGCUGUACUUAAAUAAUCACAUCCAUGACAUUCUUUACACUAUUGUGCAGAUGAAAUCUCCACCACAUCCUAAUGUUGAAGAUGUGAAGGUGUAUACACUUCAUUCAUUAGCAGCUUCACUUUCUGCCUCUAUUUAUCAAGCACUGUGUGACAGUCAUAGUUACAGCAGUCAAACAGAGACCAAUCAGUUUACGGGAAUGGUUUAUCAAGGGCUGCUUUUGAGUGAUCGACGCAGGCUGAGGACAGAAAGCAUUGAAGAGCAUGCAACUCCGAAUUCAUCUCCUGCUCAGUGGCCUGGUGUGAGCUCACUUAUAAAUCUCUUAAAUUCAGCCCAGGAUGAGGACCAACCAAAGCUAAACAUCUUACUUUGUGAAGCUGUUGUAGCUGUCUAUUUAAGUCUCCUGAUACAUGCCCUUGCUACUAAUUCUUGCAAUGAACUAUUUCGACUAGCAGCCCAUCCCCUAAACAGUCGAAUGUGGGCUGCUGUCUUUGGAGGAGGAGUGAAACUUGUUGUGAAACCUCGAAGACAAUCAGAAAAUAUUCCAGCACCCCCAGUUCCUUCAGAAGAAAUGGAUAAGCAUCGUCGUCGAUUUAAUAUGAGAAUGCUAGUGCCAGGAAGGCCAGUAAAAGAUAGCAUUGUACCUCCACCUGUGCCUGUAGAAAGACCAUCUUACAAAGAAAAAUUCAUUCCUCCAGAACUCAGUAUGUGGGACUAUUUUAUGGCAAAGCCAUUUCUUCCUUUAUCAGACAGUGGUUUUAUAUAUGAUUCAGAUGAAAGCAUUCAUAGUGAGGAAGAAGAUGAAGAUGCUUUCCUUUCUGAUGCACAGAUCCAGGAACACAAAGAUGCUAAUGCUUACAGCUGGGCUCUCUUACAUUUGGCAAUGGUAAAACUAGCUCUGCACAACAUUAAGUCCUUUUUUCCCGUUGUUGGUUUGGAAUUCUCUGAUUUGCCUGUUACAUCGCCAUUGGGUAUUGCUGUGAUUAAAAAUUUGGAAAACUGGGAACAGUUCCUUCAGGAGAGAAUGGACCAGUUUGAAGGCCCACCACCAAACUACAUCAAUACCUAUCCCACUGACCUUGCGGUAGGAGCUGGACCAGCUAUACUGCGCAACAAAGCAAUGCUUGAGCCUGAAAACACACCUUUCAAAUCAAAAGAUUAUUCAGCACUUCCAGCUAAGAGAUUAUGGCAUUUUCUUGUGAAACAAGAGCUUCUUCAAGAGACCUUCAUUAGAUAUAUAUUCACUAAGAAAAGAAAGCAAAGUGAGUCUGUAGAAGAUCGUGCGGAGCAGGUCAAACAAAACUGCGUAGCAGAAGAUGACAAAAGCAAGGUUGAAGCAGAUCUCGGCUACCCAGGGGGGAAAGCAAAAAUCAUUCACAAAGAGUCUGAUAUGAUAAUGGCAUUUGCUGUAAAUAAGGCAAACAACAAUGAAAUUGUUUUAGCGUCCACACAUGAUGUACAAGAGCUUGAUAUUUCAGCUCUACUGGCUGCUCAGUCAUUUAUAUGGAUUGGGGAGGAAUACGACAGAGAAUCCAAGAGUUCAGAUGACAUUGACUUCCGUGGGUCUACCACAACACUCACUCAGUCUACUGCAUCAUCUUUUGGAGUGAGUCAGAUUCAGCCAUCUUCGUCUAUGCCCUGGUUAGGCAGUGGACAAACGAGCACUGGAGCUGGUGUACUCAUUAAAAGAAAUCUGAAUAAUGUUAAGAGAAUGGCUUCACAUCCAGUCCAUCAAUAUUAUCUUACAGGAGCCCAAGAUGGCAGUGUUCGAAUGUUUGAGUGGACGAGACCACAGCAACUGGUAUGCUUUCGGCAAGCUGGCAAUGCAAGGGUUACUAGAAUGUAUUUCAAUUCCCAAGGCAACAAGUGCGGCAUUGCUGAUGGAGAAGGGUUUUUAAGUGUGUGGCAAGUAAACCAAACUGCAUCGAAUCCUAAGCCCUAUCUGACCUGGCAGUGCCACAGUAAAACCACCAGUGACUUUGCAUUCAUAACAUCUUCAAGUCUAGUAGCUACAUCUGGACAGUCCAAUGAUAACAGCCAGUUCUAAUGGGUGCAGUUAGGAACCCAGGGCUGAAAGGGGCUUCCUGGGCCAUUGAGUGAUGUCCUCUGCAUUUGUGCACUUAACCAAGGAUUCUCCAAAUAUCACCAUUUCAAACCCUCACACAGCUGCAAGAGUCAAAAACCAGAAAUGCCCAGAACACCCUACAGCAGUGGCCAACACCAUGUCAAGAGCAAUGAGCUAAAAGAACCCAGCUCUGUCUGAGGCAGGUCAGCCACGUUUCCCUAUCAGGUGCCAGAUCCAGUCUGCCCAUGAGCUGUAGGUUGCCAGUCCUUGCCCUACAAUGUGCCAUAGGUAAAAACAGGUAGACAAGCACUACAAUGACAGAGAAAUAAUUGGUUAAUAUAACAUAAGCUCAAAGGAUCCUAGGGAUAGGAUAGUGACCCACAGAGGAAGGUAAAACCCACCAGUCUGCACCACUCAGACUUUAGGGACGGACAUCUUCCCUCCUGACCCCAGAUUUAGCAAUUAGCAUGAACCGGAACAGAAAAGCAAGGCCCACUUUCUAGAAACUUAUGAGCUUUUUGAACAUCGGCAGAAACAUCAACUAAGCCUACCUCAGUCAAAGCUCCCUCUCUUAACUCAUGGAGUUUAGUCUUAAAGCAGUUCAAGUUCUUCUCCCACACUACUUCAUUUCCAAAAUUUCACUUUUCUGAUAGUCUGUAGCAGGGGUGCUCAACCUCCAGCCCUUGGAGCCUCAGCAUCUGGCCCACAUGGCUCCCCAUGGGUCAGGAAAUUUGGCAGCACAGCAGGUAACACUGCCAAACCACUCCCUGCCCCUGCUGCCAAAGUGCCAAGACCCACAUGAUGGGUCAGAGCAGGCCACAGCCCCUUCCCCCACACAGCAGAUUGGAGCCAGUUCGCACCCCUUUCCUAUGCAUGGCCCAGUUGGGGCUGAGCUAUACCCCCUUUUCUGCAGGGCCAGACCAUGGCCCCUCCCUGUGUGGCUGGGUAGGGGGCUGGACCACGGUCCCUUCCUCCCACAGGGCUGGGCCACGUCAUCUCCCCCUGUGCAGCUGGAGGGGUGCAGACCUUUUAAUGAAUCCAUGUCCCCUUCCCAGAGCUAACCCUAGGGGGGUGCGGGGCCCCUUUAACACUGCGCAGGACCAUGGGACCCCUGCAAAGGGUAAGGAUGGCAGUGCCAUAGCAAUGAAAUUUGGCACCCAGAGCCAAGCAGAUCCUGUGUUCCCCUGACAAGCCGCUCUUGGGGGGGGCGCGGCGCGGGGCUGAGCAGCCAACUCCAGGCAGGCCCUGCAGGAUGGGCCAUGGCCUCUCCUCCCGGAUUCACGGGCCCCCCAAAGCAUGGGGUCCAUGGCGGUUGCCCUGAUUCUCCCUACCCAAGGGAUGGCUCUUCCCUUUCCCACUACAGGGCUGGGUUGGGGCCAGACCACGCCCCCUCCUCAUGUGGUGGAUCAGGGCUGGGUCAUGUCCCCCACCCCACACAGGACUGGGGUUGUCUCCCAUCCCAUGCCCUGCCAUGCAUGCCCCAGGUGCCAGAUUGGGACCAUUGCCUGGAUCCAGCCCACAGACAAAGCAGGCAAUGACCAUGCAGCCUGCCAGAUGAAAAGGUUGAGCACCACUUGUCUAUAUUUAUUCAUAGCCAACUUUUAGCCAUUGGAAAUUGUGCUGCUAUUAAUUUUCAGCCUAAAAACUUUCCUCUCCCCCUACUGUUCACCCCAUAACUAUUUUUUGUCAAGAGUAAUCGUACCCCCUUGCAGUCUUCACUUUGUUGAGCUAAACAAGUUUGUACAGCUUUGGUGAGGAGCAUAUUUAGUAAAUACAGGUUCAAUCCAAAUUGUCUCCGCAGGCUGAGAUUCUGAGACGAGUGCCUUGUAUAUUGUCCAUUUUCCCCAAUACUUCUCUAGGAUUGGCACUAAAUCUUCAAGGGAGGUAAUCAAACAUAGCCCCCACUGGGGACCACGGGGAAGAUUUUCAAGGGCACAUAUGUCUUAGCCCCAAAUCGUGGGAGUUUAGCAUUUUGCUCUCACUUGUGCCUUUGCAAGUUGCCCCCAUGACUGCAUCAACUCCAUGGUUCCUGCUCAGCUUUGCUUUGCAAGCCUCUGACAACUUUAGCAAAUUCUGUUCAGCUUUCAACCCCUCCCCCUCUCAAUUGUUUAGCAGAGGACCAUUAAUGAUUUUUGUUUUU